AUGCGUAAGCCACGAGGUAUUCUUUUAUCUGGUCCUCCAGGAACAGGAAAAACUCUCAUAGCUCGCACUAUUUCUGAAAUAUUAAAUGUUCAGCCGAAAAUGAUACGUGGUCCUGAAAUCUUCAGUCGUUUUUUGGGAGAAUCUGAAGAAAAAAUUCGUGCUUUAUUCGCCGAUGCGCGCCGCGAUCAAGAAAUGCUCGGUGAUCAAAGCAAGCUCCAUAUUAUUAUUUUUGACGAGCUGGAUUCGAUCUGUAAACGUCGAACACACUGUGACGAAUCUACACGCGACAGCGUACAAGACAGUGUCACAACCCAACUGCUUGCUGAGAUAGAUGGACUCAAGCCACUUGAUAAUAUAUUAAUUAUUGGCACAACGAACAUGCUGGCAACGAUUGAACCAGCUCUGUUACGCCCAGGUCGUAUUGAGGUAGUAGUGGAAGUUGGUUUACCAGAUGACGAUGCUCGUUUGCAAAUAUUUGACAUCUACAUGAAAAAUCUAUUGCAAAAUGGUCUAGUGGAAUCCGAUGUCGACGUUGACACAAUAAUUCGUGCUGCUAAAGGUCUAACAGGUGCUCACAUUGAAAGAAUUGUUCGCAUGGCAAUUAUUAACGCAAUGCGACGUGAUGUUCUUUCACGUGGACGUUUAAAUAUCAGCGAACACGAAGGCGAACAACUUCGAGUGUGUAAUCUUGAUUUCAAAGAUGCACUAACAAAGAUAUUUCUUCCAAAACACAUAGAACUUUAA